ACGGCACGGCACGGCACGGCACGGCACGGCACGGCACGGCACGGCACGGCACGGCACGGCACGGCACGGCACGGCACGGCACGGCACGGCACGGCACGGCACGGCACGGCACGGCACGGCACGGCACGGCACGGCACGGCACGGCACGCAUCCUGCAGGUACUCGCCUGCACCCCUUGGGCCUCGCCGCCGCCAGCCGUCCCUUGGGCGCCAGCCCCACUAUUUCACGCGCCCGCCGCUGCCCCGCCCCAGCCGCGCGCGCCCAUUGGCCGCCUCCUCAGGCCGCCUUCCGUUCCCCUCGCCCCUCACGCGGCGGUACCCGCGGGGGCGGGGCGGAGCCGAGCCGAGCCUCGGCCCGCGCGGGGAUUGGCUGGGUCGCUCCCGGGAGUGGGGAAGCGUCCGCGGCCGCCAGGGGGGGCGCUGCCUGUAGCACCCUCCCUCCCAUCCGCCGCCCUUCCUUCCUUCUGCCCGCCGCCGCUCGCCGCGUACCGCUCCCGAGAGACCGACGAGGGCUUGCGCCGCCACCCGCCCCGCCCGGCACCGCGGGCCCGCUCACAGGCAGCCGAUCGCCGCCCCGCCGCUCCCCCGUCCGCGCUUGGGCCGGCCCCAGCCAUGUCCAAGCCGCCACCUAAACCGGCCAAGCCAGGGCAGGUUAAAGUGUUCAGGGCCCUGUAUACAUUUGAGCCCAGAACGCCAGAUGAACUGUACUUUGAAGAAGGAGAUAUCAUUUACAUCUCAGACAUGAGUGAUACAAAUUGGUGGAAAGGAACUUGCAAAGGGAGAACUGGACUAAUUCCAAGCAACUAUGUGGCAGAGCAAGCUGAGUCUAUUGAUAACCCACUGCAUGAAGCUGCCAAACGUGGUAACCUAAGCUGGUUGAGAGAGUGUUUGGAUAAUCGAGUUGGGGUCAAUGGCUUAGACAAAGCUGGAAACACAGCUCUGUACUGGGCAUGCCAUGGAGGCCACAAAGAUAUAGUGGAUGUUCUGUUUACCCAGGCAAACCUAGAGUUAAACCAACAGAACAAAUUGGGAGACACAGCUUUGCAUGCUGCUGCAUGGAAAGGUUAUGCAGAUAUUGUAGAGAUGCUGCUGGCAAAGGGGGCAAGAAUAGAUCUGAAGAACAAUGAGAAGAAACUGGCUUUAGACAUGGCAACCAAUGCAGCUUGUGCUUCCCUGCUUAAGAAGAAACAGAGUGCAGGUACAGUCCGAACAUUAAGUAAUGCAGAGGAAUACCUCGACGAUGAAGACUCCGAUUAGCUUUUUUCAUUCAGCCUAAAGAACUAUACCUUGCAUUGCCUAUGUCAUUCCCAAAACAUAUCUUUCCAACUGUAAAAAUAUCUUACUUAGAGUAUUGCAGUCUUCCAAUAUAGCAUAUAAAUGAGAGGGUGAAAUCAUGCUUUCCAAAGGAAUAAUCUUCACGUGUGCCAGAAGAUGCCACAUUUUAAAUCAGAGUUCCUUUGGAAUUAUCUCAUAGAGGAAGUGUGGCAUACCCUUAUUGUUCAGUGGGUGGGCAAAGGACCAUCUUCUAGACUCAAAGAUUUCAUCUCAGGCCUUUCUAGCAAGUGCCUUGCGUCUCUGGAAUACACUCCUUAAACUGAAAGGUCCCUCUGGGACAGCAGGACACCAUUGCUAAUAUUUCCCAAAAUCUCCCUGGAUAUAGGUUCCUUUGUGCAGAUAGGAUAAUACUGGCAGAGUCAGUACUGGCUGACAGGCAUGAAUGGAGAUGCUGCUAUAGAGAGUACCAUCUUUUGCUUACAUGGAGCCAGCAAGACAAGGUUUGGGGUUUUUUCUUCUUAAAUAAUAAUUCCCUCCCUCCAUUCCUUCCUGUACCCCUCUAAGGGGUAGAAUGACAUGGGACAGUCUGCCCUUGGAUGCUUUGUCUUCUCUAUUGCUAUGGGCCCAAUCCCUGAAAUGUAAACUCAGGUGAAAUGCUUGCUUAAGUCAGUUUUGCUUGAGAAAUACACUUAAUUUUGGACUAGUGACUUGAUUAUUUUGCUUUUUGAAGUGCAUUCUGCUGAAACUAUAUGUAGUGAAAGGAAGACAGAAUAUUUUUCUAUUUAUCCUGCCUAAAUUUUUUUUACUGAUCUUUUGCUUUUAUUUUUUAAAAGUGUUCUUAUAUUUUGUCCUAAAUUACCUCAAAGCUUAAGUGUGUUUGAAGGAAUGAGGGAAGAUGUAUAUUGAAUAUACUACAGGUAUCUUUAGAAGAGAUAUCUGAAGCUGAAUAAACAUUUUAAAAAUGUACUGCUUCUUCCUGUGAAUUAAAGAAAACUUAAAAAUAAAUCAAGCCACCUUCAAGCUUCCCUGCAGAGUUAAAAAUUAAGUACUUCCUUCAGAUUGCUCAAAUAGCUGCAGCCAAAUAUUAUACCCUACUAAGGGAUACUUCCUUACUGUGAUGGUAAGCAAAUGUUACGAGUAUUUGAGAUACAAUCUCAUUUUCAAUUUUUGUUGCUAACUUCUCUGUUAGCAACUUUGACAGAUUCAGUCCAACACAGUAGUCUGUGAUACUUAAAAAAAAAAAAAAAGACCAAAAAAAAAAAAAGACAAAAAAAAAGCUCCUGUGAAAGACUGGGGAUAAAUGAAAAGCUCUUGUGAAAGAUUGGGGAUAAAUGAAAAGCUCUUAUGAAAGGGGAUAAAUGAAAAUCACACUAAGUAUUUUAGAGAUUAAAGUCUAGAGCACUCUAACAUCCCACUUUUAAAAAUACAUUGAACCAGAUUUUUGUAUUUUUAUUAUCCUGGAAAGAGCUAGAUAGAGGUAAAGCUUAUUAAAUGAGCACUUAACAAAAAAGGCAGCAUUUGAUUGACCGGAACUGUGUAAGAUGGAGGCAUCGCACAAAUAGUCAUCUGCAGAUGCAAUUCUAAACUGUUUAAGUGUUAAAACCAUAGAACAAAUGUUUUAGCCCUGUGAAAUACUGUGGUCAACUGAAUAGCGAUGUUUUAUUUUGUGUGAACUUGGAGAUCCUAGAGGGGAAGAAAUAAAAACCAAAGCCACCAAGUUUUCAUCUCUAGCUUUCAUUAGAACAAUUGUUGAACACGACUCAUAAUAGACACUGUCCUGCUUUACUUUUUAUCAGCCAGCUAUUUUUACUAGCUCAGACUUUUACCACAGUCAAGCCACAUUUUAUGCUGCAUGCUGUUGAUUAACAUAGAUGCAAUUUCACAGUGCAAGCAAAAAAGGACCUGUAAUAACAGGCUAGAGAAACAAGAAGGUUCAUGAUCUGUUACGUGAGUCUUUUUCCUGCAUAAAUGAAGCUCACGAGGUUAAAAUUCUUCAGUGUUGCAGGACGUGGAGGGAAUGACACUUCCCGUCACCGUUUUCUCUAUCAAGCUUUGGAGGCAGAGUUUGUGUUCAUAAAGAACUCUUUACGUGAUGUCUUCUGCUGCCCUGAGUUCAACAGACCUCAAGUUAAAUGCAGCAUUUGAUUUAAAAAUGUAAUGUUACGCUCAUAUAUGUGGAAUUAGCUGCUGCCGGAAGACCCUGUGUUCUUCUGCAGACAGAUCUAUGCGCUGCAAGGGAAGACUGGUGACAGAAGCACAAGUUGAGCCUAAAGAUUGCCUGUGAAGUCCUUAUUGGAGUGUCCUGAAGGAGGCACAUUUGCAUCACAAGGCAGCUAGCUAGUGCUGUAACUUGUUUUUAGGACCACAAUUACUGCUUGCUUUUUUUUUCCCCCCCACAACUUUGUUUCUCCUAAUGCAACUGUCUACUCAUCUUGUGAAAUACAAAUCACUGUGAAAACUUUCAGGCAAUAAAUUACUCUUGCCUAACUCUAGCAGUUAAGUUUUGAUUUAAACAAAACAAAAAAAAAAAGCAAAAGUCUGAUAGCUAGAAGGAAUUACAGCUGGAGUCAGAUGAUACAGUAUCUUAUAGUUAUGCAAACCUACUUGUUCCCCUUACUUUUCUCCAAUGUAUGUGUCACUGCAGGCUCUUGGAUAAAUUUAAGACUCUUUCCAAGGACAGCUGCAUUCAGGUUUGUAAUAAUAAACCCAUGUUUUUAAGAAGAGCAGCAAAAUGAAAGUUGUCGAGGUCAUGGUGUCUUAAAUGCACAUUGGAGGUA